UGGAUACACACUUGUUGAUUUACCCCCUGGUCCCAACCCAAACUGGCAUGCAGCACCUAAUUGGAGGCUCCUUGCCGUCACAACGGGUGGAUGCUUCGUCAAUAACCCGACAGGAGGGCUUCUAAGUUCACGUCAUACCACAUCUCUUCAUUACAUUGCCGGGCUUGAAUAAUGCAAGUUGCUAACCUGCCCUCUGUCCUUGUCCUCUAGAACCAUGUCACCCGCCAAGGAAGACGAACCACACCCCGCCGACCCCGAAACACCACGGCGCACUCUCGCUGCCAAACACGGAAAUGGGCCGGCGACGCCAACAAACACACGAGCUUCGGCUCAAGCACGCGCGACACCGAAGAGCGCCCCCGCAGCUUCCGGCUCAGGCUCGUCCAACAAGAAGAAGCCGGAACCGAGCUUGCUAAACGACUUCUUCCUCGGCCGUCCGUCGCCGGCUCGCGUCGUAGCCCAGCGGGAAGCCCUGAAACAACGCCGAAAGAGUAUGGCGGCGGAUGCGGCUAACGUGCGGGAGGAAUUGCGGCAGGAGAUGCGCGCGGCGGCAGUGCGGAGGCUUCAGCAACCCGGCGGCGUGAGGGAUCGAGUGAAGGCAUGGCAGAAGGCGAACGCGGCGGCGAUGAAACAACAAGGAGGCGGGAUACCGCACGCCGAGGAUGUGGCUACCGAGCCGACCGAGGUUGCUGUUCAUCUACCUCCAGAAAGCGUGACGGAGAAAGACCGCGUACGCAUCAAGAUGCGACAGAAACCGAAGAAGAAAAAGCCAAAGGCUGAAAAGAUCGAGGACAAGGAGAACCACGACGACGGGGAUGGCGAAGAGACGGAGCGCGAGAACCCCGGUGCAGCCAAGCCGGGUGCAGUGAAACCGAGCGCCGCAUCCAAGGAACCGCCGGUUGUCAAACUCGCGCCGAAGAAGAGGAUCGUCAGUGACGACAACUGGAUGAAGCGCAGGAAUGGGAAGAGCCCACCCAGAGCCGCACCAAAACCAAAGGUUGAAGCAAGUCCAAAACCGUUACCGAAGGACUUCUUGCAACGCACGGCCCAGAAUCCUUCCGUGCAAAGCAAGAUCAAGGACUGGGCCCAGAGAGUGGAGCUUCCUGAGCCUGAACCGCCCAAGGUGAAGAAGUAUCGGCACAGAAAGUCCGGGGCGACGGUGACCGUUGAGGAAGACGCCACGAGUGUGGGAGCGUCCGAACCCGAAGUGGUUGUAGCCCCGCCUAAGCCUAAGUCCCCGGUUGAUGACGGCAUCCGAAUCAAGCCUGUGAAGUCAAGGAAACCGAAGUCUAACACCGACGACGGCAUUCGGAUAACUCCUGUGCGAAAGAAGGAGGCGCAGGAUGAUGGGAUCCGAGUGCGACCAAUCGAUACCAAGCUGCCAGACGAUGGGAUUCGGGUCCGCCCCAUUGGAAGCCCACGGCCGGAUGAUGGCAUUCGAGUACGGCCCAGCCGGCAGAUGCCUGCUGAAGAGACACCUACCCGCAUCGGCUCAUCCAGGUCGACGUCUGUUGAGACGAGAAGCAGAGUGCCAAGCACGAAACAGGAGCCUCCUUCGCAUGAUGUGAUAGAGGUUUUCGUGGAGCCCGAGACGGAGAUUGAGACGCCGACGAGGAGGAAGCCCUCUCGGCGCCGGUCGAGACGACGGAGCCGUAGUCCCAGCCCGAUUGUACGGACCGUGGAACCCCCAGACGAUCGACAUUCCGGGUCGGAAGCAACGCAUCCCGUCCCUUCAAGAGUCAACUCCGAUGACGAGUCCGAGAUGAUACCCCCGACAGUCGGAGGGAACAAGUCACUGGCGGAUAUCCCGUUUGGAUAUUCGGCAUUCAGUGAGCUUGACUUGCCACUGGGCGCUGAUGCGCGAACCAACGCCAGGAGGCCGAAACCGCAACAACGGACCCAGAGCUUCAAAGCGAUGCCGAAGGUGUUCAAGAAAGUUGUGACAGGCGCGAAGGACAUCAUUCAAGAGAUGGCUGAACCUCCAAAGCCUGUCGUGGCAAACAAACCGCGGAGCAUAGAGUCGUGGCUCAACGAUACGGUUGACCCGUUCGUCGAAUCCACUACUAAAGAAGCUACCGUCAAGGAGGCACACACCUCGGAGUCAACGCCUCAGGUGCAAGAGGACAGUGCGGAGCCGACCCCGGAGCUAGUAAAGUCAACACCGGAGAGCCAGAAGCGCUCGCCAUCAAUAAGGGCGCCGCCGAAGAAGCGGUCAUCAUCAAUCAAGACGCCAACCGAGUCUCGUUCAAGAGAGACAGUUACCUCCGCCACGCCUGAGAAGCCGGAAAGUCAAGAAACUACAGACUCACAGCGAGAGGAUAGCGAUGUGACGCCCAAGGGAGUCAAGUCCUCUGGCACUCCACCGGCGGGGUUGAGAAGGAGACGGGCGACUAGAGUCGCCGCAUCUCCGGCAAAGUCGGGUGGUAAGAAGCCGUUCCGUGAGCUGCUGAAAGAAGCUUUCCGGGGAGAAUCUGGUGGGCAUAAACUCCCGCCCACAGUCUACUCUAGCUACGAGACCGACGACAACAGGGGAAGCGAUCAUGAAGAAGACGACUGGGAGUCCACUGACGACCAACGCCCUUCUGUGGAGCGCAGCAGGGGCCCUGCUUCAUCCGACUACUCGUCCGCCCACUACUCGUCUACAUAUGAUUCGACCCUCUCAUCUGAUCUCACGAGUCAAGAUCAGUCCCGAAGGAGACCGCCGACUAAGGGAGUGCAUAAGCUAUCCACUAUUGUGUCGGAACAAUCCGGGAACGCGAUAGAUUCAGAGACACUGUCCGAUGUCUCCCAAACAACCGUCACUCAGACGACCGCAUUCACAAAAUCCACAGAGAUCUCGAGACACAAGAGCCAGAAGUCGACCCUCAAGCGCCGUCUCACAAAGCACUCAGAUCUGGUCUCGGUGCUCUCGCUGCCGGACAAUGGGCAGCUGAUCCCACCGAGCCGGUCGAAGAGCAUCAAGUCAUCGCGCAACCUUCACCGCCGGCCCAGCAAAGCGAGCCGAGACAGGGUCGAUGAUCUGCUAGACGAGUUUGCCGAUGAUGAGCAUUUUUACGGACGGGAAUUGAAGGCUCUCGUUGACGGCGUCAUUCCAGUGCUGUUAAGGGAUGUCAUGAACAGCGAGGCUAGGGAUGCAAAGGCGGACACGACCGCCAAAUCCGUGAUCAACAUGGGAAUGGCGCUGGAGAAAUUGAGGGACUUCCAUCGGCGUGUGCCGCUCGCAGAUAUGGGAGCCCUCCUCUUCUGGUUUGAGGAUGUUUCGCCAGUUUAUGACAACUACCUGGACGUCUGGCGACUAGGCUUCCAGGGGCUGAUCAUCAACCUCGCGCCGAAAAGUGGCCGCUUCGCCGACGACGAUUCGCUUCUGAAUGCACUCCCGCUGAACGAGGACGGCGAUGUCGUCGGGAAGCACGGCGAGCGGGUUGACGUUGCGUUUCUUCUGAAGCGGCCGCUGAUCAGGGUCAAGUGGAUGGUUAAGUUCCUCAAGGCUGCGGUGGCAGUUACAGGGUCUCACCAAGCUGAGCAUCUGCUUUCAGUCUUCGUGGCCCUCCAGGAGAAGGCGCGUAAGCGGCACAAGGAAGAGACGGCUCGCCUGAUGGACGAAGAUGCGAACAAUACAGACACCACUCGUUGCCGAGAUCUCCGGAACUUGCUACCACUUGACGGCGUCAUGAUGAACCGGACACGCCAAGUCGCCGCAUUGGAUGUCUUCUCCCUUGAUUUAGUCCACUCAAGCGGCCAGCGACUGGGGUGCGAAGUUGAACUCAUUUACAGGGAUAGCCCGGCGCUCCCUAGCGACAAGGGAGACAUACUCAUCAGAGAACUUGGGAACAGCACUCGAUCAUGGCUCCUGUUCCCUCCGGUCCCCAGGCAGAAUAUUUCCGCCCGGUUGGGUGACGACGACUGCUCGCUCAUCGCCAUGAUACGCGGCUCGCACAACGGGAACGAGUGGUUCGAGCUCCUCAAGCUAUCGACCAACAACGAGGAGCAGAUCGAGUACUGGCUGCGCGUCUUAGGGAGCCACCCCAUGCCGCCAGCAGCUCGGAAGAGGCCGAUCAGUAUGGUGCUGGAAGUUCCAGCGUCACCCAAGUCGGGAGAGACGGAUGUCCCCGUCGGUGAACGCAGCCUGGGCGCUUCAACAUUGGAAUUCUCCGACAGCGAGAGACCUAAGACGCCGCCGCAAUACUACUCUCGGCAGUGCGACGGCGAUCCUUUACCUGCUUCUUCCACUAGUCCUCCUCCCGAUAGGGCGCCGACCACGGAGAGCUGCCCACAAGACACCGCGGAGGACGAACGAAAGCCAUCUUCUCUGGCGGCGCCUGCGUCCGGCAUACCAAAAAUCGUGAAACAGCCGCCCAACACCACACCGUUUCGUGAGGAUGGGGCUCCGCCUCCACCUAUCCACCGCACGCUGGGUCCGAAGAGCUCUGCCUUACUCGCGCCUCCCGUGGAAGUGGGUCCCCAGGGUCGACUGAAGCGCCAACGGUCAUCGCCACUGAAGCAUGAAUACCAUCCAUCCGACGUCUCCUCGGACAGCUCCACCACUGUAAGCGAUGACGAGUCCGAAUCGUCCCAGCCGUCCAGCGACGACCUGGACGAGGAUGAGGUGCCCGACACCAUUCCCGGGUACAGCAUCAAGGAGCCCGAGGUGACCCCGGCCGCGUCGGCCGUGUCGGAGAACAGCAUCACACCGUCCAACUCUGCUUCCCAGGUCGCAGCCGCAAAGCAAGGCAAUGCGCAGCCCGAGCGGCCGGUGCAGAAGUUCGUGGCGUGCGUCUCCUACUGGUCCAGCAGGAAGGGCCAGUGGAAGGACAUCAACAAUGGACAGGCCGCGUCCAUCGUAGUGCAUCCCGGCUGCAUGGAGGUGCACCAUCUCAACGAAGAGCGGUCCAAUCGACAGGCAUACCCGUUGCAGUCGUCGGGGACAUCGGAGGUUGACAACAGCAACAAGGACGCCGGGAGCAUCGUGCCACUUGUCGUGCUGGUCCUGACUCCGGUGGUGAUGAUCCGCCGCAGCACUGCGCUUGACCUCGAAGUCCGCAGCCCGGCGUCCCCGGAAGCACGGCUGAAGCUCGAGGCUAGCAUGUUCCGCUUCCGUGCGGCAACACAGAACGAGGCCAAGAACCUCUACGAGGCGGUGCACAUCAGUCGCCUGAACAACGCGCGGUACAUCCAGCUCAGCGAGGAGGCGCGCGUACAAUCGUUUGGCCAGAUGCAGGCCAUGCCAGGCGAGGGCAGCGCGGACGGCGACACGUCGAGCCGUCGGCGGAGCUGGUUCGGGCGCAAAAACAGCUACCGUGCAUCCACCCGAGCCCCCAGCGUCUCCCAGGGCAGCAUCUCCACCACCAUCUCGGCGAGCAGCUUCCUCAGGCGCCUGAUGGGUGGCGGCAACAACACGUCCUACAACAUCGACGAAUCUACCCUCGACAGGCAGCGACCAGCCACAGCAGCCCCGGCGGUCGGCGGCGGCAGCCUGUAUACUUCGAGCUCCGGUUCGGGUUCCGGCUCGGGCUCCGGAUCGGGAUCAUCCACCCCGCCUCGCAGCUUCUCCGUCUCCCUGUCCGGCUCAGGGAGCCACAGCCGGUGGAGCUCCGGCUUCGCGAAGCCCUUCUCACCCGAGCAGCCCCUCGAGAUCCGCUGCCAUCUCAACGUGCAGAACAACCGGUGGCUCGACAAGGGCGACUGCGUGCUGCACAUCAGCCGCCCCCCGCCGGGCGUCCGGCAGGAGCUGCCGCUGUACCACGGGCUGGAGAAGCGCGUCAUAGUCACGCACGCGACUAAGAAGAGCGGCGCCGGCGGUGGGGACAACAACAACAAGCCGCUCAUCCUGCUCGAUGCGGUCCUGGGCUCCAAGAGUUUCAGUAUGUUGGGCACGAAGGGGGUGAUGUGUAGCGUGUGGGAGGAUUUGAGAGAUGAGGAAGGGAAUGUUGGGGUGGCGCGCAAGAAUGGCGCCGUCGGCGGGAAGGUCACCAAGUGGUGCUUCCAGUGCAAGAGCGUGCAGCAGGCCGAGUGGAUCAUGAGAUUGCUUACCUCAGAGGUGCCCGGGUUGAUGAUGGGCUAGUAAGAGGGGCGUC